UCACUUCCCUAAUCCUUAUUAUUCUCACUGCUAAACCCUUCCACACUCAGCCCCUCCAACGAUUGCCGUCGGCUCUGGCCUUCUACUCCAAGUCACGUUCAAAGCGGUGGCAUUGCAGUUUUGGUCGUAGUCCUCAAGCCAGAAUUCGUCCUCGUUUUCAAUGGUCCAGAAUCGACGUCUCUAUCCACUCAUCAAGCAUUUGUCUUCGAGCUCUUUCUCUCUCUGUUCGAGGCACAAACCUUCGUCUCUUACCGUCAGUACCCUUCUUCCCACUACCGUUUAUUAAGAUGCCCAGGAUAGGUCAUUACACGAAGAAAUCAAAGUUAGACAAAGCAUGUCAUCAACCUCAAAUAAGAUCUGCUGCGGCUUCAUCCUCUCAUCAAGUGGACUACCCAAUUCCCCCGUCCAGUGGUGGUGGUGCCCCUGCAGCCUCAUCUUUAUGCCCCUUUCAUCCGUCCGGUAGCGAACUACUGCCUUGCACAAAUGGUGUUCAAAAACUCAGAGCCGGGCGAUGAAGACUUAGAUCCAGAGGCAGAUGGGGUAGAUUCUUUUGUGCAAUACAUUGACAAUCUAUUUGGCUCAGAAGCACAAGGGACGCAAGACCACUGAAUUUUGGGAUGUUAAAAUAAUUGGAAAUGUUCCAUUUUGAUGAAGAUAGUAGAGGAAUUAUCAAGCGUACAAUAUUACAUAGUAUAGGGAGGUCUUGGAAGGAAACAAGGAACAGGUUGUACCAUGCCUAUUAUGACUCAGAAAAGACAAUUGAACAAAUAUUGAAGGCCGCCCACUGAGAAUUAUUGCGGAUCAUUGGAGAUGUUUUUUGAUUAUCGUAAUAGUGAAGACACAACGGAGAAGUGUAGGAAAAAUGCUAAGAAUCGAUCGAAGCAACUAUACACUCACACUGGCGGUUUGAAAAUCUUGGCAAGGUGUGGAGAAGAAAAGUCGGAACUCCAAGGGAGGAGACUUAGUAGAGGAGAGUUAUGGAUCUUAACGCACAAACGACGUAAUGCCUCCUAUAUCCAUCCAGAAGCUCGGACCAUUAGUGAAAGGAUUGAGGAGAUUGAGCAACAUGAUGAAUCCUUUAGACUGUUGUCUCAAAAUAAUUUGCUUGCUCAAGCUCUUGGAAAAGAGCACCCAGAUAGAGUACGUGGCGUGGGUUUUGGACCGACUUCUAGUCAACUCUUUGGUACGACUUCCCAUCAGUCGAGCGAUGGAGCUCAAAGAGAGGAGACCCAAAGGGUGCUUCUUGAACUACAAGUGGCGGCCGAGAAAUUAAAAAGGAAGGCAGUAGAGGAGGAGGUAGCAGCCGAGAAGACAAAAAGGCAAACAGUUGAGGAUGAAGUAGUGGCCGGGAAGAUAAAGAUACAAGCAAUGGAAAGUGCUCUGGGAUGUCUAAUUCAAGAGCAAGGUGGGGGAGCUGCCACAUGAUAUCGCUGCAUGGAUAAUUUCCUUGGAGGGACAGAAUAGAAAGUAGAUCCUAGGAUUAGAUAUUUUUUUAAUAUACACCUUUUUAAAGCUGACUAUGCAACUCUUUGUAAUUGAUAUAC